AUGUUUGCUUUAUAGGUGGAAAUGAAAAGAAAUUACUGGAGAAGCAAAGAAAAGCAUGGCUGGAGCAAUCACAGGCACAGGUACCAUCCCCAUCAGUACAGAAGACCCAGUCACGAUAACUGCACUGAAAGGCUGGAACAGGAAGAACCACAGACCCCAGUGCAUGCAGGCCCCAGCAGCAGUGGAGAUCCUUCUUCAUCCAGUUUAACACAGAACUCUGUAGUACCAGAACUACCAGGAUUUUACUAUGACUCAGAAAAGAACCGCUAUUUUCGCCUACUGCCUGGACAUAAUAACUACAACCCACUCACCAAGGAGAGCAUUCAGUACAAGGCGAUGGAAUGCAAGAGACUGAGGCUCUUAGAAGAGGAAGAAAAACAAAAGAAGAAAACAACAAGGGCUGGGCUGAACUCAUCUAUGCUGUUACAGAAAAGGCAGCUGGGCUUGCUCAGCUCCACAAGUUAUUGCAGACUGGUCCAUGAGCUAAAAGUGAACUGCAUGCAGAGGAGGAAGAUAGAAAUUCACAGUCCAGAUUCCUCAGUUACUGGAACCAACAAUUUUAAAAUAAUUGUGGCAGAUGUUGCUUGUGAACGGAUAUUCACUGUGAACGAUGUAGAGCAUGGAGGAUGUAAAUAUGGUAUCAUCAACCUCAGUGGUUUGGGGAAGGAGUCUCUCACUGUGGAGAUGUAUGACAACCUCUACUUCACAAACCGCAAAGUGAAUUCCGUGUGCUGGGCAUCAUUGACUCAUCCAGAUUCUCAUGUUUUGCUGUGUCUCAUGGGAAUUGCAGAAACACCAGGCUGUGCCAGUCUGCUUCCAGCAUCAUUGUUCAGCAACACUUACCCAGGAGACCGACCUGGAAUGCUGUGCAGCUUCAAGAUAUCCACUGCCUGGUCCUGUGCUUGGUGCCUGAAUCCCCAAGCAGACAACUGCUUCAGCACAGGCCUGACCCGACGAGUUCUUGUUACCAAUGUAGUGACAGGGCAUCGACAGACAUUUGGAACCAACAGUGAUGUAUUGGCACAACAAUUUGCCACACAGACCCCAGUGCUGUACAAUGGCUGCCGUUCAGGUGAGAUUUUCAGCAUUGAUGUGCGUCAACGCAACCGAAAGGGCCAGAGCUGGAAAGCAAUUCGUCUCUUCCAUGACUCAGCAGUUACAUCUAUUCACCUUCUUGAGGCUGAACACUAUCUAAUGGCAGCAGAUAUGGCUGGAAAAAUAAAACUGUGGGACCUGAGAACAGCAAAGUGUGUGAAACAGUACAAAGGUCAUCACAAUGAAUAUGCUAUUCUGCCUUUGCAUGUAAAUGAGGAGGAAGGACUUCUCAUAGCAGUUGGUCAGGAUUGCUACACCAGAAUUUGGAGUCUCCAAGAUGCCCAUCUGCUUAGAACCAUCCCUUCUCCCCACCCAUCCUCCAAAGAUGCCAUUCCCAGUGUGGUGUUUUCUUCAAGACUUGGGGGUAGCCGAGGAGUUCCUGGCUUGCUCAUGGCUGUCAAACAGGAUCUCUACCACUUCUCCUAUAACUAACACAAUACUCUCUUCAGACCUCAUCUACAAAGUCACCAACCUAUACAUGACUUUUGCACCUGUCACUAUGUGCUGCUGUUGCAUUUGCUUUAGCCAUGAAAUUAUGAACCUCCCUCAGCAGGUUCAGCAAAUCUUGCUGUAUAUAUCUUGUAAAUAAAAGCUAGAUGCUGGUUAAC